AUGAAAAAUUAUUUGGAAACUCUAAUUAUAGUUAUAGCCAGUAUAACGAAUUCCAGUGCUUUACUGUAUCCCGAGUCGACCUCAAUGUCAUUAACCUCGUCCGUUUCCAUACCAGUACAUGCAUUCUAUCCAGAUCGCCGCAUUCUAAUCGAUUGGUGUUUCUCAGUUGGGUACGACUUACCCAAUAGCCUUUCUUCUUUCUACAAUAUACCCAUAUGGCCGGGUUUCGCGAAUUUACCCCAAACCCAAGCUCAAACGAAGCGGGAAUUGCCGCGCAAUAAAACUGAAUUUGAAAUGUAUGCGAAAUAUGGACGAGAUGGCUUGGCGCAGAUGCAUCCGCAAGAUUUUUCUGCUGGUGAACUAUAUGAAGCUAUAGAGGACUUCUUGACAAGCUAUGGAUUUGACGAGACAUGUUUGCUACGCAGUGUUUGUGAACUAGCUCGACAUCCGUUCAACGAUCAAUAUCAAUUUAUCUUAACUGAUUUAGUAACCUUUAUUUUGAGUCCCUCACAGCACAAUGGGUUUCUCGAUACUGAACACAUCUACAAGCAGGCCUAUGAAGAAGCUGAACUUAAUGGUUUUCUCGGCAAAGACUGUAAGCUAUUGUAUUCUCAUUGUAAGCACGAUAUCUUACAGCUUAUAAGCAAAUUCAUGUUUCCUAGUAAUUUAUGA